GUAAGCGAUUACUUGCGGAAACAGGUGAUAGAAGCCGAGCAGGCUAGCGCUAGUGAAAAUGAAGCCGUGAAAAAAAUGCUGGCCGAUCACGAUAAGCUCGUGGAAGAGAUCUUCCAGCUCGAGGAUAAGGACAAGAACGGCUUCAUCUCCCACGACGAGUUCAGUGGGCCGAAGCAUGAUGAGCUUUGA